AUGUUUCGCUCUCUCUCACACGCUAAACCUCUUGUUUCUCAAUCUCUUCCCCUGUUUCAUCUUCAUCGGCGAGGUUUUGCUGCGGCAUCUGAUGUUUCAGCGAGAGUGGGCCGCGGAAAGUUUGAAGAGAAGCCCGUGUCCAGAGAUGGACAAGAAACCUGCUCAGCUUGGGUCCCAGAUCCGGAAACUGGAUACUACAGGCCCAUUAAUUGUGCACCUAAGAUUGACCCGGUGGAGCUCCGACAGAUGCUACUCAAACACAAUACCAGAUCAUCCCACUAG